GUCGUUAUUCCUCGAGCUCACGCUGCAACUACAACCGACCGCGCGCUGCCUUGGCUUCAAGCGAGGAAGAGGCUCGACAGAAAUGGCGGUGACGGCAAGGCGAACAGCAUGAAGUGCUGAUGCAUUACAUGGAUCAAAACUUACUGACUUCCAGGACAGCGUUGGGAAAAUGACAAUGACGUCGAAGUAGGACACCUUUUGUAACUGUCACUACAAACCUACAACACCUUCCCGGGAGAGUUUCAUCUUGUCUGCGGAGGAGAGAAAAUCUCACCGGGAGCAUGGCUUCUCACAGCAACCAGUACAUCUUCGGGGAGUUCAGCCCUGAUGAGAUCAAUCAGUUUUUUGUGACUCCACGGUGUUAUGUUGAGCUUCCUCCGUUCAAUGACAAGGUCCCGUGUGUCACUCAGUCUUCCGGAAGUUACUGCACUCCUGCUGUACCUUAUAUUAUGGAGUCUAUGGGACUGCAGGUUUGCGCAGAAGACUAUCAACACAUUGAGUUUGGCGUUGACGAGGUGAUGGAUUCCAAGUCUAUUGGGGUGAACGAUCCCUUAUAUAAGGUGUCGAGCACCCUCAACCCUCAGGCUCCGGAGUUCAUCCUGGGCUGCCAGCCGGCCCAGAAGGCCCAACAGACAGUUCUUCCAGCAGCUGAUGUCCCAGAUGGAACCCACUUCAACUCGCUGGAUGGCCCUGACUUGGAGGCCUCAGCCCUAGACAAUCACCAGGCCUGCCAGGACAUGGAUGGACUCCCUGGCAGCCUAGGACAGCGAGAGAGGAAGAAAAAGAAAAAGCGACCGCCUGGGUAUUAUAACUACCUGGACCCAUCAACUGGCAGCAGCAGUGCAGCUGAUGGGACGCCUGUGACGGCAUUGGUGAAUGGACAUGCACUUGGUGGCCCACACCACAGUGCUGAAGAUAUGGACGGUAAGGCAGUGUCGGGGGCUGAACUUUCCACCCCUGGCCCUGUCUCAACGGCAACAUCACCAGCUGCUGUGACAGCAGCCAAGUUUCCCCCCACUUCCACUGCCAGUCAGAGGACUUGUGAUAGCCCUGAUGACUCUUCUUUGGACUUAACAAGUGGAGCUGCCUCUUUAUCAGAUGGCAACAAUGCAACUACCUCCUCUUCAUCCUCUUCUCAAAGCAGAGGGAUGACAGAGGGGCCGAGGACUGCAGAUCAGCAGCCAGAUCAUUUGGCUCCACACAGCCCCGAACUUUCAGAUACUCCACACAGUCCCCGCUCCAAAUCACCUCUUGCUCCUUCAGCUGCUGUGGCCACUUGCAUUACGACUACUGAACUGGAGGGAAGGGAGUUGGCAGACAAUGGGGUGGCCAAUGGGCUAACAGAGUCGGAUACUCCUGUCAGUGCAGAUGGACACAAAGAAGACUGUGAGAGUGGGCAGCACGCUCAGCAGGUCUUACCAGACCCUGUUGCCCAGCCGGUAGUGACAGAGCAGGUCCAUUUGUCUGCAAUUCCUGCUGCACCUGCUGCCAACCUCCCCAAAUCUUGGGCUAGCCUCUUCCACAACUCAAAGCCUUUGCCUGGGGGCCCUCAGGCCUUUGUGGAGGUAAAGAAUGCUGUGGAAGUCGUGUCCCCUUCUCCUGCUACACCAGAGCAGCCUGAGAAAGUUGGGGAGGUCAAAGAUGGCCCUGUCCACGUAUCGGAGGAUCCUAUGGCCCCUAAACUUGCAGAACUUAUUGAGAAUGUGAAGUUGAUACAUAAACCAGUGUCUUUGCAGCCGAGAGGACUGAUCAACAAGGGAAACUGGUGCUACAUCAACGCUACUCUACAGGCCCUGAUCGCAUGCCCUCCCAUGUAUCACCUGAUGAAGUCCAUUCCUCUGCAUAAUGAAACGCAGAGACCAUGUACCUCCACACCCAUGAUAGACAACUUUGUAAGGCUGGUGAAUGAGUUCAACAACAUGCCUGUGCCAUCUAAAGCCAAACAGCAAGCUGUUGGUGAUAAGGUCAUGAAAGACAUUCGGCCCGGUGUCCCUUUCGAGCCAACCUACAUUUAUAAACUCCUUACUCUCAUCAAGUCAAGUCUGUCUGAGAAGGGUCGACAAGAGGAUGCGGAGGAGUAUCUUGGCUUCACUCUAAAUGGAUUGCAUGAGGAGAUGCUGGCAUUGAAAAAACUAAUCUCACCUCAGGAAGAGAAAGCUCCGACGCCCAAUGGACCAGAAUCCCAGUCAGGUGUAGAGGAAGAUGUGGCCGAUAAGGAGGAAGAAGGUAGUGAAGACGAGUGGGAGCAAGUUGGCCCCAGGAACAAGACUUCCAUCACUCGCCAAGCUGACUUUGUCCGCACACCCAUCACUGAUAUAUUUGGAGGACACAUCAGAUCGGUGGUCUAUCAACAAAACUCUAAAGAGUCAGCUACUCUGCAGCCUUUCUUUACCCUUCAGCUGGACAUCCAGUCAGAGAAGAUCCGCACCGUCCAGGAGGCUCUAGAAACCUUGGUGGCACGAGAGUCGGUCCAGGGCUACACCUCUAAAACCAAGCAGGAGAUUGAGAUCAGCCGGAGGGUGACUCUGGAAGAGUUGCCACCUGUGCUGGUGCUCCAUCUCAAGAGAUUUGUUUUUGAAAAGACUGGAGGCUGUCAGAAACUGACCAAGAACAUUGAUUACCCCGUUGACCUGGAAAUCAGCAAAGAUCUCUUGUCCUCUGGAGUUCGGAGCAAAGUUGUGAAAGGCCAAAGAACUUACAGGCUCUUUGCAGUUGUCUAUCACCAUGGGAACAGCGCGACAGGUGGUCAUUACACCACGGAUGUCUUCCACAUUGGUCUCAAUGGCUGGCUGCGCAUCGACGACCAGACAGUGAAAGUCAUCAACCAGUACCAGGUGGUGAAGCAGACUGCAGAGCGCACCGCCUACCUGCUGUACUACCGUCGCGUCGACCUGCUGUAGACACACACACGCACAUGCACGCACGCACAUAUACACACACACACACACACACACACGAAUAUUCAAAAUAUAUUCACAAACGCACACAAAAACAUACUACAUGCUCAAAAUGCACUUGUUGACAUUACAGUACAUCUACACAUGACACAAACACGCACCAGACUAAUGAACAGGAACACUGCCCAACUUGUUCUCUUGCAAGAUUUUCCUCUUCUUCCCUCCUGUCCCUGCUUUCCUGAGAACCAGCUUUUCCAACACCUUUUUCCUUGUCUCUCUUUUUUUUUUCUUUUUUUUUUUUUUUUUUGAAGAAGAGAAGCAAGCUGCAUUCACAAAGAUUUCCCUGUGACAGCGAUCUCUUCUCUGUGCACCACUGCUGUUUUUUUGUUUGUGGGGUUUUUCUUUGUUUGUUUGUUUGUUUUUUAAAAAGCAACAAGGAAGGACUGUUGAAUAGACAGAGGUGGGGUUGGGGGAUACAGGUUAGGACCUGAGACUCACCUCUGGCUGAGCCCACAGCUCGGCUCAGAUAGCAAACAGUGGACUCGCACACAGGAAGAACUAUCUACCACAGGCUGCAAGUGGACUGCUGGGGUAAUUUCACUUUCGUACAGUGUUUGCCUUUUGGUAAAGGAGAACUGUUGGCCUAAUGGAUUUGCAGCAGUUGAAAAACCUAUUUGAAUUUGCCCUAGUGCAUUGAUAAGGCCCAGCACCAGCAUUAUCAUGAGUCUCUCCUCCCAAGGCCAGAUCGUCAUCUUCUCUGCCGCCGCCACCACCACCACCACCACCAACAACAACAGCUCCUCCUCUUCAAUUUCCUCACUUUAAUGAUGCUUUCAAAUCUAGAUACAACUUAACCCAUCGAGAACAAAUGGUAGCUGGCACAUUGAAUGGCACCUGAACAGCCUCCUUGUCUGAGAGAUCCUUGUUAUGGUAUCUGGGUUUAGAUUUAGAAAGGUUAUCCAAAAAAAAAAAAAAAAAAAAAAAAAAAUUAAUGCGCUUUAGAAUUUAAUAACAAAUAAGCUUCUGUGCACAGCGUAUAAACUGAUUGAUGAUCACAACAUGACAAGCAAAUGCAUAUUUUGCAAAUAUUUAGAUUAAAAUGUUAAAAAUACAUAAAAAUACAAAAAUCUAGCUGACUGAAAACUAUGGUCCUUAAGGACCGUUCUAGUUUUUAGACUCAGUUCUUGCACUGGAGAGAUGGCAACCAAUCAAGACAGAUUCCACUGCAAAACCUGCCCUUGUUUACUUUGUACAUUUCCUCUUCUAUUCAUUGAUUUGUUUUUGUUCUUGUCUAUAGGUUCCACCUGUGUAUAGGUGGCUUAUCAGUGUAGUUUUGAGCCACACCAUCCCUCUUACCCCCUACUCAGCAGAAAGCGGGGGCUGCCUUAGGUUCAGUGUGUGAUGUUUUUCCACUCAGUGUUCAAGUCUAACCCUAAUCAGGCACAAACAGCAAGUCUAAUGUCUGUGACAAGUUAGGGGAAUGUACCUGACACCUGCUUAUUAACUCUUUUUGUGGCUCAGCAUUUCCUCCCAGUCGAGGGAAGCUGAGUGUUGAGGGGAUGUGGGACUACAUCUGUGCUAAGGUUGGUUUAAACAGCCCGGACAUGUGCACAAAAGGAGUGUUUGCUUUUGUUGAAGAUAUUGAUUUUUGAAUCAUUCAUGGAUUGUGAUGAUUUUUUUUUUUUUUUUAGAGCUACUAAAUGGUGUUUUUUUUUUUUCUUCUUUCUUUUCGUGAUUUAUCAUUUAUUGGAUGUCCCCAUGCUCCUGCUCCCUUUGGAAAAAUAUGCUUGCAUUUGAAUUGGUGUUUGAAAAGAAAUUACACAGGUUAAAGCACAACAAUGAAUAAAAUUGAAAUAGUUCUUUGCUCGAUAUUUAUUUCCAUUUUGUCAUUUUCUCGUUUCAUUGUCUUGUUGUUGUUUGUUUGUUUGUUUGUUUUUUUUUUUUUGCUCAAGACCCAUUUCAUUCCACCCACCAGUGUCAGAAUCUCAGUGUUAACACUUUACAAAAUGUAAUCAGCUCAAGUAUUUCUACAUGAUCUAGGUUUGUGUACUUUUAUCCACAAAAAAAAAAUCCUACUUGUUGUCUCAGACUUGACUUUGUCACACGUAGUUGUGUAUCAAUUAAGGCAAGAUACACAGGUGAGAAGGCAGUUGUCCGACAUCGUCCUGCCCCAGAUCAAAAAGAUGCUGCAGUGUAAAGACAUUUUUCCUGUAUUUUAAUAGCGGUGCAAGCAUUUAAAUGAACACGUCCCUUACUUGAUCAUAAGUUCAUGAAGACUGAUUAGGUACAGUAUUUCAAUUUGAAAGCUAGUUUUGUACCAAAUUACAGUUUCAUAUUAGAUUUCAAUUCUUUUCGGUGUCUAUGUGAGAUAACAUCAUUAUGUGGUGCACAGUGUCUAUUGACUUUUGUGGGUUUCAGUCAGAAACCUUUCCCAGGUAAACCAAAGGACAACAUCAUACAGGCCCUGCUGCCUUUCUUUCAGUAUAUGUGUAUUCAUAUGUCAUUUUGCCUUCUCCGUCAGAGGUCUCGUAGCCAUGUCUCGUCUCAGUCCACUACUCAUUCCACGCGGGAAACUGAGGCAUGCCGUUUAGACAGUACAUCUUCAUCAUGCAUAACUUUAAUGAUAGUUUGGUUGUGCUACUGGCUUUUCAGUCAUUUGUGCACAAUUAUGACUGUUUGUUUGCAUUUUUUUCUUUCCCCCUUUGAAGAAUGUUUUGAGAGUUGGGUCUUUGAACGGACACCUUGAGCUUUCUGUUGUAUAGUUUUGUUUCAGUCUCUCAUGGCUGGUCAGGAAAUGUGCUGGUGAAAUGCUUCAAUAAUGUCUCUCUUUUAAGUAUGUGCUCCUAACACUGUUGUCUGCUGGGAAUUGUUGGGAUAUUGACCUAAAAACAAAAUCUAUACUGUCUUUUAAUUUUAAGCCUCCAGCAUUCUAUUUUGUUAAUUGUUCAAAUAAAGGAUUGUGCAAAAAGCA